AUGAUCGUUGAAAAGGUAGAAGAGCUAUUAGCUCUCAUUUCAGCUCAGCGUAUCCUCAGUCAUCCAGCAUGGAGCAAGUUGAGCAUGACCACGGCAUUACCACCUGUCCUCAUAGCCUUGGGGCUGGCUCUGAUGGUAGAUUAUGGCUACAUGCUAUACCUACACUUUAGGAUGCCCCCAGGCCCCCUUCCACUCCCCCUGAUAGGAAACACACACCUCCUCCCCGCCACCAAACCCUGGAUCUACUUUGAAACCCUAUCAAAACAAUACCAAUCCCCCAUAAUCACAUUCUGGACCGGCCGCCGCCCAACCCUCUGGAUCUGCGACGCUUGGACCGCAAACGAACUCCUCGACAAACGCGCCGCGAUCUAUGCCUCUCGCCCUCGCAUGGUAGUCUUCAGCGAACUCGGUGCCGGCCAGUCCAAUCUAGUCAACAUGUACUACGGCGACAGAUGGCGGCUGCAUCGGAAACUGACCCAUAUGGGUGUUGGUCUACAGCAAGUGCGGAAUUAUCGUGGGUUUCAGAAUGACGAGAGUAAAGUUGUUGCGUUUGAUUUGUUGAAGGAGCCGAAGGAGUAUGUUAGCCAUUUUGAGAGGUAUGCGACGAGUGUGGUGUCGAUUAUUGGGUUUGGGAGGAGGGUGGCGGAGUAUACGGAUCCGAUUAUUACGGAGGUUAUUGCUGUUAUGCAGAGGGCGGCCGAGUUGAAUGUUCCUGGGAAAAGUUUUCCUAUGUUGAUGGAGUCGUUUCCUUUCCUCGCCAAGUUUCCCAACUGGAUGGCGCCCUGGAAAAAAGGUCUAGGCAAAGGACAAGGCCGAGGAAGACCAUUCUUCUAUGCUCUCGCUGAAGAGGCAGCUCAAAAUCCCGAUACAGACUCAUGUUACGCAAAGAAGCUCUUUGAGGAAGGACCGAAGCACAAUCUCUCACGCAUGGAAAUAUCUUCGCUCUCAGGAAACCUUUUCGGCGCUGGUAGUGAUACGUCCAGCUCGACAUUGGUUACUUUUGUCCUUGCCUGUUGCGCCUUUCCCGAUGCCCUGCCCAAAGCCUGGGAGGAACUUGACCGAGUCGUGGGACCGCAUCGGAGCCCGACGUUUGAGGAUGAGCCGGACUUGCCGUACGUGAAGGCGUUUGUGAAAGAAGUGCUGCGGUGGAGGUCUGUUGCGAUUAUUGGAGGACAGCCGCAUGCGCCUAUCAAGGAUGAUUAUUAUAAGGGCUGGUUCAUCCCACAAGGAACCUGGGUCCAGGGCAACGUUUGGGCCAUUCAUCAUCAUGAACGCGAGUUCCCCGAGCCAGAUCGCUUCAACCCAGAUCGAUAUCUAAAAGAUAGUCCCGAUCACCGUCCAUUCCCUGGCGAAAAGGGGUACAUGACCUUUGGAUGGGGCCGACGUGUAUGCAGUGGCCAAGGACUCGCAGAACAAGGGACAUUCAUCACGAUUGCACGGCUACUUUGGGGCUUCAGAAUUGAAAAGGCACUAGAUAGACAAGGGAAUGAGAUUCCCGUGGACAUUUUCGACUUUACAAACGGUCUCAACAUGCGCCCCAAUCCAUUCGACUGCCGAAUUACACCUCGCAGCCCCGAAAUUCGAGCCGCUAUUGGCAGAGAGGGUCGGCAGGCAUUACAAGAUCUGUCUCGUUUCGAUGGUGAGACUCAAUACCGGAUGAGCACGUACUAUGCCACAGAGAAACUAUGA